AUGGGUGGAAGAGGAGGAGCAGGAGCUCCUGGUUUUAGCUUCUUUGUCAGCAACAUGACAUUUGAUACUUCAGAGGAGGACCUCCAUAGGAUUUUCGGUAAAUAUGGGAAGAUACCUGAUGUUUCCGCCCCAUGGGAUGACAUGCACAAUUGUCAUCGGGGUUUCAGAUUCGUCAGAUUCCACUAUGUUGCGGACGUUUAUACAGCAAUAAGGAUUCUCCAUGGGAAACGUGUGGACGGCCGCAUCAUCACGGUCACGUUGGCCAACUCCAAAAAGGCUUCUUCCCCACCCAAAUACAGGAUGCUCCGAACUCCUCUCAAAACCCCAAAACAGAUUUUUAGAACCAGACAUUUAUGGCAGGGAGAAAUAGGGCCUCCUUUCCCCUGUUUGGGAAAUUAG